CAGGCGGAAAGCGCUGACAUCGAACAUUUUCCGGCGAGCUAGAUCUCAAGAGUUUCAGCUUUCAUUUGACCGUUAACACGAUGCGAUGGCAGUUGGUCAUUAUGUGGCUCUUCGUCUCGGCGUUGGCAACACCUGGCAUAAGGUGGCGCCGCCAAAUAGUGACACCGAAACACUUGAUAGCACCACCUUUGUCACCAAUCUCCCAGGACAAAGUGGUGGUCACCCCGCAAAAGCUAAGAGAAGUCGCUGACUUGAAGGCCAUGAUCCAAAAGGCCGUCGAUGAGAACACUUACAUGGUGUCCGCUGCACCAACAAAGGAUUUUCUAGCAACACUGGCUGGAAAUUGGGGGGCACCUUUAUCCUUGCCUCACUCCUGGAUUCCGCCAGCCUUUAAUCUUACCAUAUUUUGGCCUGGAUUCGGCUAACAACAUGCAACAACUUUGAUCACAGUCGUAGCUCAUAGUAUAAGUCAGCAUUAACGAUCGAGGUGCGGAAAUCGCAUAAGCUUCGAACUGCGCCUCUUGAGGAACUGUAAGACAAGAAAUCAGAAAGAAUCCUCUGAUUAUUAAUUAAAAAAAAAGACAAGCAGUAACUUGCAAAUUGUUAAGCUUUUAUUGUUCAUCCAAUCGACAUCAAAUCGGGGAGAAACUACGGAACGGCAUGGUUUAAUGAAUAUCUGAUGUUUUUUGUCUCAUGAAUUGAUUAUGAAUCUUACAAUCCUGUACAAAAUAUCAUCUUAAACCACUACCUAACAAAUAGUUUUAGUUUUAUAUGUAAGGUACCGUGAACAAGAAAAA